AUGGAUUGGUUGGGGUGGCUGGAUUGGCAUAUGAGGAGGAUGGGGGUUAGCAAGGUGAGCUGGGAUGUCAGGGGCUACUCGGACAUCAGGAUUGACCUCAUGUUCCAGAGUCAUGCUGUGCUUGCGCUUCAGGAAGUUGCAAAGGCCUAUUUGGUGGGUUUGUUCAAGGACACCAACCCGUACGCCAUCCAUGCCAAGAGGGUGACAAUCAUGCCCAAGGACAUUCAGCUUUCUAGGCGCAUCCUAGAAGCAAUUGGAAUUCAGGGUUUGGUUGUAGAGGCUAUGGAGGAAGAAAGAGAGAGUUAUGGGUCUGGGUUCAGAGAGAGAGAGAGAGAUAUAUAUAUAUAUAUUUUAAAAUAA